AAUCAUCCAUCUCCACUCUUGAAAACCCGUUUUACCAACAUCAACUUUCACACACAGUACACACACUGCCAAGCAAGACACAAUGAAAGAAAUGAAGGUCCAUGGGGAGAAAAGAUAUGCACUUCUGCUAGCAGCAACGGACUCCGAGUACGUGAAGAAAGUCUAUGAUGGAUACUUCAACGUGUUUGUGGAUGCAUUUGGGGAUGAUGGGGAGAAAUGGGACUUAUUUCGGGUAGUCGAAGGCGAGUUCCCGGAGAUCGAUGAGCUCCAUAACUAUGAAGGUUUUGUGGUUAGUGGGAGCCCUCAUGAUGCUUAUGGUGAUGAGUAUUGGAUUCUUGAACUUUGCUUUCUCUUGCAGACUUUGUUUGCCAUGCAAAAGAAAGUUCUUGGCAUUUGCUUCGGUCACCAGGUCUUAUGUAGAGCUUUGGGGGGGAAAGUUGCAAGAUCCCAUAGUGGUUGGGAUAUCGGAGUUAGAACGGUGAGCCUUACGGAGGAUUUCUACUCGUAUGGAUUAUUCAAUGGACUGGAUGAGAUCCCUCCAACUCUCUCAAUCAUUGAGUGCCAUCAAGAUGAGGUGUGGGAGGUGCCUGAGGGAGCUCAGCUACUUGCAUUUUCUGAUAAAACAGGAGUGGAAAUGUUCACACUUGGAGACAACAUCCUAGGAAUCCAAGGCCAUCCUGAGUACACCAAAGACAUUCUUGAUAAUCUCAUCGAUCGUCUGCUUUCCAACAAUUCCAUUGAGAGGUGUUUUGGUGAAGAGAAGAAGUUGCAGUUGAUGGAAUCAGAACCUGAUAGAAAAUACUGGGAAAGGAUUUGCAAAAGCUUUCUCAAGGGUUCUUGGAGUCAAAUACCUACAUAUUUUUGAGGAAUUUCCUUUUUUUUUUAGCCCUUUUUCUUAAUGGGAUUGUUACUUUGUGUGCAAAAGUAGUGUAAGCUAGCAGAAGAAUAUAUGUAGGGGAUAUUGCAUUUUGUCA